CAGACCGGUUAGAGGCAGGACGCGUUUUCUCCAUUAUUCUCUAAUUUUUUUUAAGAAGUAAAGAAUAUUGCAAAAAGUCGUUGUUGAUAUUACAUGCAAAAUAUGGUAUACCUGCAUUUUCCGUCAAACCUAACAGAGGAAGAGUUGAUGCUGCAGACUAAGUUUAGCAAGCUGAAGAGAAAGAAAAAAGCGCUACAAGAUCUAAAAGCUCCUAAACAAGAAGCAGAGCGCAUUCCUCAGGCUCCAAAACGGCCUACGGAGGCAAGAGAUGCUCGUGAAGUUGCCAAGAAGUUAAUUAAGUCUGGCGUAAUCACAGCCCCAAAGACUCCUAAGCGACCGGAGCAAACUUUCAAGAGAUCUCGCGGACUAGAAAGGAAGUUAAACAGUACAGAAAAGACCAUUAGUUCCUACCAACCAUUUUCGGCAAUGCAGGACGAAGAAGAAACAGAGACAGUGAGGCCAAAAGUCAAGGAUUUAUAUAAUAACUUUGUUGGUGCUCAAGACACUGGAGAGAGAAAUACCAGUGAUACUCCAGCUCCUGUUAAACAAGAAAUUAAACCACGUGCGGGAAAUACAAUAUAUGUAUGUGGUUAUAAAAUAACAGAAGAUUAUCUAAAGAAGCAUUUCCAAAGCUUUGGAAAUAUUAUCCAUAUUUCUAUGGAAGCAGAAAAAAACCAUGGCUUUAUAACCUUUGAAAAGGCUGAAACUGCUGAAAGAGCAAUAAGUGAAAUGGAUGGUAGCAUGGUCUCGUCUAUCCAAUUAAAAGUAUCGUUAGCAAGGAGGCAGCCGAUAAUAGAGCCAGUUAGCGACACUAUGUCCAGCUCUAUGUGGUCACCAAUAGCGGCUAAUUAUUCACAGAAAAGUGCACAUAAAGACAGACGGGAACUUAAAGUAUACGAAGAGGAUCUCUUCCAGUAACUGCAGGGAGUGGAUGCGAGGAAUCGCUCCUCAAGCCUAUCCUGAAACUGUUGCGCCGUGGGUUCCAAUUCUUCGG